AUGACUGAAGUCUCGUCCGUCAAGGCGCAUGCUGACCUUCAGCCCGCUCCCGCCCUCUACGGUGGGCCCUCACCGAUCCCCUACACCAACGGCUCAUCUGCGCUAGACGGUACCGUCGAAGAGGAAGAGUCUUCGGUCAUCAAAUGCAUCUGCGGCUACUCGGACGACGAUGGCAACACCGUACUCUGUGAAAAGUGUGAUUCGUGGCAGCACAUUGUGUGCUACUACGUAACGGCACAGAACGUUCCAGACAUCCACGAGUGCGUUGACUGCCUGCCACGAACCGUCGAUUCCAAAGGCGCCGCCGACAAGCAGCGACAACGCCGCGAGCUCCAGAACAGUAUCGGAGAGCGUAAGGUGAAGCCGAAGACUGCCACAAAGAACCACAAGAAGAGGGCAAAAGACCCGCUAGGAUCCGUCCAGCCAAACGGCUGGGCAGUCCAUUCGAACAAUGACCUGCACUACAACCCUGAGCGCAAAAGCGGAAGCCCUCGAGACCAACCACCUCCCAACAAAAGACCCAAAACCAGUCAUCGAACCUCUGGUUCUGUCUCCGGUGUCCUAAGUCAGGCGCCUGCUCUUGCACCGGGGUCACGCAAGCGUGCCAGUUCAACGAUGCACAACGGACACAGUCCAGUAAAGUCACCUCCCCUCGCGGAUGGUCCACUGGAGGAGUUCUCGCCCGAGUUCAUGAACCUGUACCGUCAGGCUGAACCGGCCUCGGCUGACUCGAACUCUUACACGGAUAUCGGCGUUGCAAACGACAUCUCGCUGUGGCUCAACGACCGUGAGGCACUCGCCGAAGCAACCGGUGGGCUACACCCAGGCGAUGUUUUCCAACGUAUCGACCAGACAAUCGAGGAUCUGGAAGCCCUCGCACCGAUAAUAAACAAGCAAAAGGAUGAUGAUUCUCGAAUCAUGGUACAUGGCGCCCACCCACAGUGGCAGUUCCUCACGGUGGAGACUUUCGUACCCCAGCAAGCCUUUAUCGGCGAGGUAAAGGGCCGCAUCGGACGGAAAGAGGACUACUUCUCAGAACCUGCAAACCGAUGGGACCUCCUUCGCCAUCCCGAACCUUUCGUUUUCUUCACACCCCGAUUACCCCUCUACAUCGACACGAGACACGAAGGCACAAUACUACGCUAUGUGAGGAGAAGUUGCAACCCGAACAUUGAAAUGAAGAUACUCACCCAAGGGCCUGAGAGUGGUUAUCACUUCUGCCUGAUAGCCAUGCACGACAUCGAGCCAGACGAAGAGCUCACAAUUGGUUGGGAGAUCGAUACAGAGAUCCGACAAAGGUUAGAAAAUGCCGUCAGCAACGGCGACAUACGGAAGGAAGGAUUCAAGAAGAUCGAGCCUUGGGUAGCCAACGUGCUUUCCAAUUUUGGAGGGUGCGCAUGCAGACGAGGGCCUGAGUGUCUCCUGCAGCGAGCCCGUCGUCCAAAUAACCCUAACGGUGACCCCUUGCAGCCUCCGAAAUCCACCAAAGGCAGGAAGUCAAAGAAGACGCAAGUUUCUCCUCUGAGUACAGGACACGCAACAAACAGCCGCGCAGGCAGCGAGGCUUUCAAUCGUGACAAUGGUGACGAUGAGAACGCGGACGGUCGCUCGACAUCUGGUUCUCACAAGUCGAGCAGUCGGGACAUCACUCCAGCAACUCAUUUGUCAGUGGAUGGAGGGGAUUCGAAGAUGUCGGAUCGGGAGAGACGGAAACUCCAACAGCAAGAGCGGUUGUUCGAGCAGUUGGAGUAUGAUGAGCAGCACAAGAGCAAGCGAGGAAAACGAAACAGCGCUGGCUCGGCUCUCAACACACCAAGCCUCUCCUCUUCCGUAAGGCGCAAACAACGAGCUCCCAAUCCUGAAACUGACCAAGACCAACAGAAACAACUCGGGCCUUCGGAGCCUUCGCCUUCCGCACGAACCUCCCGGGACUCCCACAGCGGCAACCGCAAAACGUCUGGCAGCUCGGUCAAGACCAAUGGACGGACGGUGUCUAAGCCAAAACCUGUCUACGUGGACUGCUCUACCCAGACAGACGGCGAUCCCGCGCCUACAGUAGCAGACAAGGCACCUACUGCUACUAAGCAGAGGCUCAUCAAGCGACCUGUCUCCUUCAAGCACAAGCUCCUGCAACAGGCCACUGCAGACCGCGAGCAACGAGAGCGUUCCGCGUCCGUCAAGAUGGAAUCACGAUCUCCAACACUCAAAGACGUCUCGUCUUGUAAAGCAUCGCCUGUUCGCCCCGUCGCUGAUGUUGGAGAGCCCACUGUUACGGACGCUUCUACAGACGUGCCAGCUGCGCCAAAGGAAUCAACUCCACUGGCGGAAUCCAAUCCACCCAAAGAAGAACCAUCUGCCCAAGAGGCAGACGUUGACAUGAAGGAUGCAGAUACAGCAACAACCCCCGCGCCGCCAUCUCCGAAAAUCGAAGAGAUGCCUGAUGCGCCAAUCCUGGACGCUGCAUCCGACAUUUCGCAUCCACCCGCCCAACCACCACCUCCUCCAUGGCCCAAAGAGGCCAGCCCUUCUCCAGCUCCGUCAGCGCAGUCUGCACAUGCCACAGCGGAACCCCCCAGCGAGGGCGAUGUAAAACCAGAAGCACUCGAGAUCCGACUCCCAUCACCCGAUCCCAGCAAUCCGGCGGCGCCGUUGAGUGCCAUCACUCCAGGUUCCGCUCUUGCGCAGUCGCCUUCCGGACUGCCGUCCGCACCAUCACCGUUCUCUCCUUCGGUCUCGAAUGCUGUUAACCCGACGCCAGCUAGGAAGAAACUCAGCCUCAGUGACUACACCAACAGAAGGGCCAAGCUGGCGCAGACACAGUCAACGGGUACGAGCGCAACACCCCCGCUUGCACAGUCUCAGUCCAUGACAUCUCCUACUUUGUCUACAGCAAGUCUUCCAACCACUGGCUCGCCAUCACGGAAGAGUCCCGAACCUGUCGCCCUGUCCACUGUCUCCGAGGAGCCGAAUCCGACGCCUACAACUACCUAA